AUGUCAGGUUUUGACGGCGUUGAAAACCAAUCCAACGGUCCAGAUACACCGUCUCGUCCCUCUCAAGAUCCUCGUGAGCCUCCCUCAUCAUUAUCAUCGUCUCCUUGUUUCCCAAUCACCCUCAAGUUCGUCGAUGUGUGUUACCGAGUGAAGAUCCAUGGCAAAGCCGGAGACUCCGGGAAGAUCAAGAAGCUGUUGGGACUCGAACAGCAACCGUCUUCCGAUGAGAUUCGACCGGCGACGACGGAGGAGAGGGUGAUACUCAGCGGAGUCACCGGAAUGGUGUCUCCCGGCGAGUUUAUGGCCGUUCUUGGACCGUCGGGAAGCGGGAAAUCGACGCUGUUAAACGCCGUCGCGGGGAGACUCCAUGGAUCAGGUCUCACCGGAAAAAUACUCGUGAACGACGCGAAGCUAACGAAACAGACGCUAAAACGCACCGGUUUCGUCGCGCAAGACGAUCUUCUCUACCCUCACUUAACCGUCCGCGAAACGCUUGUUUUCGUCGCCUUGCUCCGUCUCCCUCGGAGUCUAACCAAAGAAGACAAGAUCAGAGCCGCCGAAGCGGUUAUCUCGGAGCUCGGUUUGACGAAAUGUGAGAACACGGUCGUCGGAAACACUUUCAUUCGUGGGAUCUCCGGUGGAGAGAGGAAACGAGUGAGCAUCGCUCACGAGUUGCUCAUCAACCCGAGCCUUCUUGUUCUCGACGAGCCUACGUCGGGACUCGACGCCACGGCGGCUCUCCGGUUGGUACAGACUCUCGCCGGUUUGGCUCAUGCGAAAGGGAAAACGGUGGUGACGUCGAUUCAUCAGCCGUCGAGCCGUGCGUUUCAGAUGUUUGACACUGUGCUUCUUCUGAGCGAAGGAAAGUGUUUGUUCUUCGGGAAAGGAAGAGACGCCAUGGCUUACUUCGAGUCCGUCGGAUUCUCGCCGGCGUUUCCGAUGAAUCCGGCUGAUUUUCUUCUCGAUCUUGCUAAUGGAGUUUGUCAGAUUGACGGUGUAGUGGAACGUGAAAGACCAAACGUGAGACAAACGCUGGCUGAUUCUUACAACACAUUGCUAGCUCCGAACGUCAAAACAUACAUGGACGCAUCACCUACUCCUCGAGAGAACGCAAUUUUUGUGAAAACGCGAGUGAACGCCCGAGGAAUAACGACUGGUCUCACAACAUGGUUUAGCCAGCUCUGCAUUCUCCUCCACAGACUUAUGAAAGAACGCCGUCACGAAUCCUUCGACGCACUUCGCGUUUUCCAAGUCGUCGCUGCUUCGUUGCUCUGUAGUCUCAUGUGGUGGCACUCGGACUAUAAAGACGUACACGACCGACUAGGACUACUCUUCUUCAUAUCCAUCUUCUGGGGGGUACUUCCGUCAUUUAACGCGGUCUUCACGUUUCCGCAAGAACGUGCGAUUUUCUCACGUGAACGCGCGUCUGGAAUGUACACACUCUCGUCUUACUUCAUGGCCCAUGUCCUCGGAUCUCUCUCCAUGGAGCUUGUUCUUCCGGCGGCGUUUUUGACGCUGACUUACUGGAUGGUCGGUCUACGUCCAGGCUUAGUCCCGUUCCUCCUCACUCUCUCCGUGAUCUUGCUAUACGUUUUAGCCUCUCAAGGACUCGGACUUGCCCUAGGCGCAGCGAUCAUGGAUGCUAAAAAGGCGUCCACGAUCGUGACCGUGACGAUGCUAGCGUUUGUGUUGACUGGCGGUUACUACGUCAGCAAAGUGCCGGCUGGAAUGGUUUGGAUGAAGUACGUUUCCACGACGUAUUAUUGUUACCGUCUUUUGAUCGCGACUCAGUACGGAGAUGGUGAGGAGAUAUUGGCGAUGUUUGGAUGCAAGAAGACGCAAGGUGCGGCGGCGGAGACAACGCCUGCGUGCCGGUUAAUGGAGGAGGAAGUGGUCGGAGAUAUUGGGCUGUGGACGAGCGUUGGAGCUUUGUUUUUGAUGUUUGUUGGGUAUAGAGUGUUGGCGUACUUGGCUUUGAGGCGUAUUAAACUUUAA